GUUCUGUGAAUGGCAGCGCAAACAGCGUGGUAUGAAAAUGUAGUAGAAGAUGGAUAAAUUUUUGUUGUGUUUUAAUGUAUGUCUUGUUAGGAAUUGAAUUAUCUCUGCUCGAAAUGUCUAAUGCCUCUGCAUUCACUUUAAAGACUGUUAUGGUAAAACUGAAAUGUGAUGUGGGAUCAUGAUUUCUUGUAAAUUAGGCAAUAUAUCUGAAUGGAGAUAUGUAACCUAUGAUUGUAGAACAUAUUAAUCUGCAUUUGAUGGAUCACGAAAAUUUUCUUCUGUUAAAGUUUAGUUUACAGUAUCGUAAAGGUUUAUAACCUUAAAAGAAUGUCCAAAUGUAAAUCGAUUACGAAAUUUUUUCCAAUCACUUGCGCAUGGACAUUGUUAAUAGCUACAACAUCUCUUUUCUUUGUAUUUCCAUGUCCUUACUUGACAAAUACCUAUCAUAUAGCAAUUCCAAUAUGCCAGGCUAUCAUCACGUUUUUCGUGGUGGCCAAUUUCACAUUGGCUACAUUCAUGGACCCUGGUAUUAUACCCAAAGCAACUCCAGAUGAAGAUAAAGAAGAUGACUUCCAUGCACCCCUGUAUAAAAAUAUCAAAAUUAAUGGCAUUACUGUCCGAAUGAAAUGGUGCGUUACGUGCCAAUUUUAUAGACCACCUAGAUGUUCUCAUUGUAGUGUUUGUAAUGGGUGUAUUGAGACAUUUGAUCACCAUUGCCCAUGGAUUAAUAAUUGCAUAGGACGGAGGAAUUAUAGAUUCUUCUUUCUCUUUCUGGUGUUUCUUUGUGUACAUAUGAUAACCAUUUUUUCUUUUUGUACUUUAUAUACUCUCAAGCAUCGUGAUCAACUUUAUCAUAGAGAUACUAUUGUUACUUUGGUAAUUAUAGUAAUCAUUGCAUUACUUUUCAUACCAGUCUUAGGGCUUACUGGAUUUCAUGUUGUACUUGUAUCAAGGGGGCGAACCACCAAUGAACAGGUAACUGGAAAGUUUCAAGGUGGUUAUAACCCUUUCUCCAGAGGAUGCUGGAGAAAUGUUUGCUUCACUCUCUGUGGUCCUCUCUAUCCAAGUCAUAAAGUUCGAAGAAAACCUAGAAAGCAGUUGUCAGUGGCAGCUCCAUCAGUUUCGGCUCAUAUGGGUGAAAAUCAAGUAAAAGUUUAUAUGGACAAUAGUAAUUCUGCUCGCUCAACUACUUCUGCUUACAAUAAGAUGUCUCAGGGAGCAGGUGAUUUGUCAGAUGUAGAUGUAAUACUUGAUUCAUAUGACCAUAACCAGAGUCAGUCCCAGGAUUGUGAACCGUCUCCACCAAUCCCUCGCCAUGGAUCCAAAACCAACUUUUUCUCACCCUCAGAAUGCAAUCGCUCUGCCUAUAUACUCCCACAGAGCAAGCCAUGGUCACCCUAUGGAAGUGCUGGUCCUCCCACUCCUCGUGCACCGCGGGCAUCAAUACCCAUGGAUGAGCGCACUGUUCAAAUCAUGCCUCGAUCUCCUGAAGGCAUGCCACCCUGGGCCAUCGUGAAUAGUCCCCGCUCAACGCGAACACCUCCUCGCAGCCUUACCAGCCCUGUUGUUGGGUCGGAUGGCAGCCGUAAUCGCCAGCAGUCCCCCUCGCGUAGGUCCAGUCCUGGCUCUCCUGCCUCAUUAACUCCUGGCCAGUCACCUGCAGCUGUAAAGCGGCACCAGAGUGGAUCUCGGCGAGGGCCUCCGACACCUCACUAUUAUGGUUAUCAUGGUACGGGUAGAACAGGGCGAUCAAGUGCCCGCAGUAUCAGUCCAAACAGAAAAUUUGCUUCAGAAAGUGAACUUGCACGUGCAGCUGCCGAUAAGGCAAAUGGUAAUUAUGAAGCAAGAGCAAAUCAGACUGCAGACAAUAUUCAAGAGUUAGCUGAUGGAGGACGGCUUUGGGAGGAAAGAGCUCGGCGUUUGCAGCAUGCACCUGAUCUUCCAAUGGUGCAUGGUGGAUGUCCUCCUUGUCCACAACCGUCUCGGCGAACUACAGCUUCUCCACAGAGUCGGAGGGCAGCUGGACACAAGACCCCACCUCUGGAAGCCUCUCCUGUCAAACCAUAUCCUAAGAGGCCUGUGUCCAUUAUAAAAGCACUGGAAUUGACUGAGAGUUAUGAUAAAAGUGGUGUAAAGGUGGACCCUCAUUCAAGGCAGUGUAUUCAGCAAAAUAAAUCUAUUUCUUCAAAUAUUGAACAAGAUGAUCGCAAAAGCUUGUAUGAAAUGAAUUAUGAAAUCUCUGUGUAGCUUAUAUAAAAUACUGGAUGAACUGUUAGCUAUGCUAACUAUGCAGAUGUUAAAUAUGCAAUUGUUGGUCACCACAGAGCCCUGUUACUCAUGUUUGUUUCAUAUAGAAUGUAUACAUCAUAUUUAAAGCAUUUCUUAAAUUAUAAGAAAAAAAAUUGGUACAUAUAAUAAGAACUUUAAUUUCUCUCAAUAAAGAAGUACAUAAAAAAUGAUGAAAAUACUUAUUCUUGAUGCUUUUAUAAUACAUAUUAAUGAAGUAUGAAUUGAUGCUUCAAUUGCUGGAUAGCUCUUCUGGAUCAAAUUUAUCUACAAGGUAAAAAAAAAAAGUAAAAUUACUUUAAAUUUAUUAUUGACUGUAUGUUGUGUUAACUGUAUAAAUGAAAUAUUUAAAUAUUAAAAACAGUUUCUGCUUUUAA